ACCGGCGAAGAAGAUACGCCGUUCGGUCGGGGCGUUCGCAUAACAGGUGCGUGUGGAUCGCAGAGUGCAGACUGCAGGCGCGCAGUUCAUGUUCGUCCGGUUUCCGUGCGUGUUGUUUAUUCGUCGCCCAUCGUUUGCUCGUCGAUUCCCCGUGAUUCUCUUCUACAACCCUUUCGAUAUCAUCCUCCAUCCACUCGACCAUAACGAAUAAACUACGUGAUUUACGAGCGAUCUUUUAAGUUGGUCCUAUUUCCCUGACCAAAAGAUGUGUUUUCGCACGAUAAUCUCCGACAGUCCAGCAUCAUGCCGCGGGCAUUAACGUCAUUAUAGGUGAUGAACCAUCAAAUUCGAUAUUGGUCAGUCCCAGCGUUCGGUCGUCGUGAAAAGUAUCCGAACAACGGGAAAGGAAUGGCCUACAAGAUAUAUUUUUAACAUUUUGGAUACAUCGACAGCGCAAGGCACAGCGAUGAGCACAGUGGCCGCAAAAGACUUUGUGACCGUCGUAUCGGUGGACAGCGGUGGCCGUGGCGGCGUUCAGACGGUCGAAGAUUCGUUUGUCACCGUGCUGUCCAUCGGCGAGGAUGCCGCCGCCGCUGCGGACGGUUCGACUUGCAGCGCCGCCGAAGAAGUGCUCGUCUACCGUCUGCCCGGCGAGCGAUUGGGCUUCGGUUUGCGGUUUGACGGCGUGGACACGUGCAACCGGCUGUUCGUGCAGUCAUGCGCCGACGGCAGCCCGGCGUCCCGCACACAGGCGUCGUGGGGACCGCUGGCCGCCGGCGACGAAAUCGUCCGGAUCAACGGCCGGCCGGUGAACAGGCUGAGCCGCGACGAUUGCGUCCGAUGCCUCAAGGAGUCCGGGCUGGUCGUCAAGCUGCACAUGGUCGACGGUCGGCUGGCGGUCAAGGCACCGCCGCCCGUGCCUCCCCGGAAACAGAAGAAAUCGGAACCGCCCCCGCCGAUCGCGUCGUCCACUCUGUACACGGAUGCCGUCGAAAGGUUAUUUGUUUAUCACGGUGAAUCAGAAUCAGAUGAUACCAACAGCAGCGUUUCCACGGUGGUGUCAAAGUGUCCUGCCGAAUCUUCCGUCGGCGAAGACUGCGACGGUGUGUUGAACUGCGGCAGCGACAAGAACUGCGUGUUGGACAAAGUGCUUGAGCCGUUCAUGCAGCUGGAACGGGAGUUUUCAUCGAGCGCGGCCAUCGGCGACGACGUGGGAUUGUACGAGAAGUUAGUGGCCGUGGCCGAGGAGGACCGGCUGCCACCUAAGCCACUGCCUCGAAAGGAAGUGCGGCCGCCUAAGAAGAAACCGCCGCCGCCUCCACCACCGCUUCCUUCGACGCCGCCGCCGCCUGCUUAUCGGUUACCGCCCAGGCUUGUGGAUUUCGUGCAUAAAGACGAACCGACACAAACAGUUGUAGACACAGCCACUGCAGCUGAUGACGACGACAACGACGAUGUUUUCGCAAUUGUCACCGAUUCAAUUACUAUUCCGAUAAAUGAUGAAAAAAUAACAACUGCAGAGCAACACAAUCAAAAAAAAGAGUGUGACGCGACUUUGGAACGACCGGAAAACCUAACGUCGAGCUGCGAGCCAGAUCAUUUUUACAGCGGCGGCGGCGGCGACGGAGACGGAUCGACGACAAUGAAGUCGUCGCAUUUGGUGGCCGUGGAACCGUCGAGUAGGACGGACUCGGAAACGGAUUCGGACGGUUCGAGAAACUUUGUUAGGACAAUAACACCAAAAAGAACCACUUCGGGCAGAACAGACGAAGUUUGCAACCGGAGCGUGCGAGACAAAAUAGCGAUGUUUUCACGGGCCACGACUACGACGCCGGGCGGCGAGAAAAAAGAUUCGUCAUCGUCAGCUUACUCGACAGCUUCCGCAGACUCGUCCCCGACAGCGUCUCCUAAAGCUGUGGCGUAUAGCACCCUACCGCGCAAACCACCGCCGCAACAACAGCAACAGCAACAACAGAAGCAACAGUAUUCAGCCACAGCGCGACCGUCGUGGGGCGCACCAAUGCAGCUAGGUGCACCUACAGACCAUCGACGGUCUCAAAGCCUCGUCGAGCAACCGUACAGCAAGUACUUCAACACGAUGAACGCGUACGCAGAAAUGGGACGGUCGUCGUUGAACGCUCUGAUCGAACAACGUCGGCGGAGCAUGUCCAAACUCAGGGGACUUGUGAUACCGGAAAAAGUAGUGCCGGGGUCCGGAAGCGGUUUUGGCGGUGGUGGAAGAGACGGCACAAGUAACGGUACCAAUGCCGACGAAUCGCAGCUGCAUCCGGCCGCGAUUCCCGAUUUACCGCUGGUGAUCAAAAUUCCACAGUCGGAAAACAAUGAUGACGACACCGAUGCCCCUGUGUUGUGUCCGCCCACCAAGACGUACGUCAACGAACCGGCAAUCGGCACGGUGACCAGACGUGCUAACCCAGUGUUGCGGCAGUCAUUUAUGGUCGUCCCCGUAAUCACACCGGCGCCCGCGACGGAACAGCGGCGUCCGUCGUCUGCGUCCAGUUCACCGUCGUCGUCUUCGUCUUCCUCGUCUACAUCGUCCUCAUUGAACUCAAGCCGAGAGGAACUCAGGCACAUACACGACGAACGGCCACUGUCGUCCGUCAAGUCUUCCAACAAGAGUUCAUUUAAAGCGGACAGCGAUGAAGACUCAGCGCUCAGCUCCAGUCGGUCAAGCACGUCGCUCCAACAGUAUUCGCCAGCUUCAUCACCGCCACCUCAAUCACAGCAGUCGACGCCGCCACCACUACCAUCUUCGUCGCCACCACCGCCGUCGACCGCAAACGCGGCUUUUUCCAACCACAGUAGUCCGUCUACAUGCGACACUGGAAAACGAGUGCUGAAAGCCGAAAGCGUAGAGGCUAUCAAUCGGAAAAACGUACUCUGUUCGGCCAGAAUCAGCAGCGGCAAACCGGAACCUCAGGCAGUGUUACCGUCGUCCCCGGCUAAUAACUACGUGUGUAAGACCGAAUACUCGCCGAACCACCAUCACUAUCAUCAGAAUUAUCAUCAACAGCUACAACAUUCAGACGCGCCAGCGUUGAAAUCAGUCAAGUCUGGGCCGAUAUUUGCCACCGGAACCGCGAUCGUCAAUAGGUACACGCACAACCGGAUGUCGUCAGUGGAGUCUACGACUAGUGACGAUUCAUCCAUGCAAUACGCAGUAAACGCCGAACCGUUCGGCAGCAUCAGCUCAUUAGCGUCGUCCACUAGUUUGAUCUCACAACAGGAACUUCAACAGCUCAUCGACGACGCCAACCAAACACUAGAAGAGAACAACAAUGGUUGUUACGGUAUCGCUGCGGCUGCCGCGAUCCCGCCGCACUCGGUCGAAGUGACUGUCGUCAUUCUGCACCGGGAUAUGGCUACCAGUAGUGUGGGUAUCACGUUAGCCGGCGGUGCUGAUUAUGAAACAAAAGAAAUAACGGUGUAUAAAGUACUAACUGGAAGUCCGGCGGAUAAAGACGGCCGCAUCCGAAAAGGCGACCGCAUAUUAUCAAUAAACGGCAAAAGCAUGAAAGGAAUCACGCAUCGAGAAUCAUUGGCAAUACUUAAAGCACCUAGGUCUGAAGUAGUGUUGGUAAUAUCUAGAUGCAAGUCAGACACGACCACUGAAUCUGUUGGGCUACUUCAAUCUGCUGAUCUCACGACUUCAGCCAAAAAUGAUGUUAUAACAAAUAGAGUAUUUGGACCAUUAACUAAAGUAAUAUUAUCAAAAGAUGGUUCAGGUUUAGGCUUUAGUUUGGAAGGUGGAAAGAAUUCACCAACUGGUGAUCAACCAUUAACAGUGAAAAAGAUUUUCACAGGUGGAUGUGCAGAACAAUGUGGACAAAUAUUAGCUGGAGAUGAAUUGGUUUCAGUAAAUGAUAUAGAUGUGACUGGGAUGUCGCGUACUGAAGCUUGGAAUUUGAUGAAGAGGCUAGUAAAUGGAAGUGUUACUCUCGGUAUACGACAUGUAGUCUAAAUACUAUAUAUACUAAUAGAUAUUUUUAUUGUAUGGAAAAUUUAAAAUUAUGUAUUGUAUAUUUAUUUAUA